AUGGUCACUGAACUGCAGGACACUGAACUUCUGUCGCGGAUGGCCAGUGGAGAUCUUAUUGCCAUUGAGGCUAAGUAUCACUUGAAGUGUUUGACUUCUCUCCGCAACAGCUACACGAUCCGGGAGCCGGAGGACUGCCUGUGGGGUCUUGAGGCCAGCGGCGGCAACUGGACAGGCAUCGUAGGGACUCUUCAGUAUGAAAAGGCCGACUUCUCCAUGGACCUCACCCUGACGCCCCAGAGAGCAGCGAUAGUGGAGUACGGGAGGGUGUACAUCGGGGAAGAAAUGGCCAUCUUGUCCCUGAAGCCAAGGCCACUACCCGAGUACUUAGCUUUGUUCAGGCCCUUAGAAGGCACUGUCUGGGUCUCCAUGGUGGCCGGCGUCAUGGUGUGGAGCCUAACACUCUGGGCCUUGCUCAGGAUCAUACAAACUGGCGCGGAGAAGCACCCGAUGAAGCUCACGCGGGCACUUUUCUACGGCUGGGGGCUGCUGCUCGAGGACACGCCCUAUGACCCGCCCGACAGCCUGAUGCUCGGAGUGUGGCUCCUCGUGUGUCUGGUGCUGAGGACCUCGUACACCUCCUCGCUGACCUCCCACCUCGUGGUGCAAGGCGAGUCUUCCGCUAUAAAUGACAUGGAGACGCUGGUCAGACUACACGGGGAAGAAGGACGGCAGUGGGGCACGCAAAUUUUCUCUGGAGCAUUCAACAUUUUCCUGAGUAGCGGCUCAAACCCAGUCUACCACACCAUGAAGACACACAUGCAGGUAAGUCAUGCCAAAUUGGAGAUAACGAUUAUGUAA